CCCCAAGGGAGGCAGUUAUUUUAGAUUUUACAAAGAAGUCAGUUAACAUUUUUCAAUACUCCCUUCUUUGUCUUAAAGAAAGCUCUGGUUUUGUUUCAUUUUCAUCUGGAGACUUAAAUGACACCAAGCAAAACCUACUUAGUUUAGAUUUCCAGGAAUCAAAUGGUAAAAAAGAAAGCAUGAAGUUUUCAAGCUUGUAUUGUUUUCUUCUGCUUCUCAUUUUUCAAACUGACUUUGGACAAAAUGAAGAAACUUCUAGGAGGCAAAGAAGGAAGAUGUAUUAUAGAAGACUGAGAAAAAGUUCCUUGCCCACCCACAGAUCUGUUAGACAGCUUGGAAUUCAUCAGAUGAAGACAGUUACACCUGCAGCAAAACUUCCCAUAAUUAACUUGGAUUACAGUAUGGAGGAAAAAUUUGAAUCUUUUUUAAGUGUUCCUGGAGUAGAAUCAAGCUAUAAUGUGUUACCAGGAAAGAAAGGACACUGUUUGGCAAAUGGGAUGAUCAUGUAUAACAAAGCUGUGUGGUCUCCGGAGCCCUGUACCACCUGCCUCUGCUUGAAUGGAAAAGUCCUUUGUGAUGAGACCACGUGCCACCCUCAGAUGUGCCCCCAAACAAUUAUACCUGAAGGAGAAUGCUGCCCUGUCUGCUCUGAUACUGCCUCCUAUUUGCUACUCAGUGGUACAGCAUUAAAUGAUAGAACUGAAUUUUCUGGUGAUUCUUCAGAACAAAGAGAACCUACCAAUUUACCUCAUAAGCAAGAGUCACCUCCUUGGGUGGAAAUGAAUCGAGCACUGGGAAAAGAGGAACUUCAAUUUGGGGAGGAUGAAGAAGAAGUCAAACAAGAUGAAAAUAGGGAGCAAAAGAAAACGACUUCUAGACCUGGAGACUGGGGGAGUCCUUCCAGUGAGGGACAGAACAGGGAAGGGAGAGAGCAGAGGCCUGGAGAGGAGGGGAGGCAGCCCCAUCAACACAGAAACCCAGCAAGGGAGAACGAGGAGGACAGUGAAGAUGAGGAGGAAGAUGAUGAAGAUGAGGAGGAAGAUGAGGAUGAGAUCGUCAGAGGAGACACGUUCAGGAUGCCCCCUCGACUCCCAAUCCCAGCUACCCCCAGAGGCAUACCGUCUCUGCCAAGCAGGUGCUCUUUGUCCUACAAAACCAUCUCCUGUAUCAGCGCUGACCUCACACAAAUACCACCGCUAACAGCACCAGAGAUAACAAGUCUGGAGCUCAUAGGCAAUUCCAUCACCUCCAUUCCGGAUGAAGCAUUUAAUGGAUUACCGAAUUUGGAAAGGCUUGAUCUGAGCAAAAAUAAUAUCACCUCUUCAGGCAUAGGUCCGAAAGCAUUCAAGUUUCUAAAGAAUUUAAUACGCUUAAAUAUGGAUGGAAACAAUUUGGUAACGAUUCCUUCAGAACUACCAUCUACAUUAGAAGAACUCAAAGUCAAUGAGAACAAGCUGCAGGUUAUUGAUGAAGAAAGUUUAUCAGACUUAAAUCAAUUGGUCACUUUAGAAUUGGAAGGAAACAAUCUCAGUGAAACCAAUGUCAAUUCCUUAGCUUUCAAACCUUUGAAGAGCCUAUCCUAUCUGCGUCUGGGAAGAAAUAAAUUUAGAAUUAUACCACAGGGUCUUCCUGCUUCUAUUGAGGAAUUAUAUCUAGAAAAUAACCAAAUUGAAGAAAUAACUGAAAUUUCUUUUAAUCAUACCAGAAAGAUCAAUGUCAUUGGAUUACGUUAUAAUAAAAUUGAAGAAAACAGAAUUGCUCCUUUAGCCUGGAUAAAUCAAGAAAAUCUAGAAUCAAUAGACCUCUCCUACAACAAGCUUUACCACGUCCCCUCCUAUCUACCCAAGUCGCUGCUGCACCUCGUACUCAUUGGGAACCAGAUCGAACGCAUCCCUGGCUAUGUGUUUGGUCACAUGGAACCAGGCCUGGAAUACCUGUACCUGUCAUUUAAUAAGCUUGUGGAUGACGGCAUAGACCGAGUCUCCUUCUAUGGAGCUUACCAUUCUCUGCGAGAGCUGUUUCUGGAUCAUAAUGAAUUAAAAUCUAUACCACCUGGGGUACAAGAAAUGAAAGCACUACAUUUCCUGAGACUGAACAACAACAAGAUAAGGAAUAUUCUUCCAGAACAAAUUUGCAAUGCUGAAGAAGAUGAUGAUUCGACCCUGGAACAUCUUCAUCUUGAAAACAACUACAUUAAAACAAGAGAAAUAUCAUCCUAUGCAUUUUCAUGCAUAAGAUCAUAUUCAAGUAUUGUUCUUAAACCACAAAAUAUCAAGUAACUACAAGUUUUUCUUUGUCACUUGUAAAUAAUACUCAUAUAUCUGUUUUAGUAGCAUUUUCCUCAACAAGAGAUACAAUGUCAUAUUAAAAUGUCAUUAUGCUAAUCAACCUGAUUCACCACUGCACAGGACAACUAAACACAUAUCUACAAGGUUUAGUCUUUAACAGUUUUAGUGAAGCUUUCAGUUUCACACUCUAGAAACAAGCCAUCUUGUUGCAAACCUUUCUCACAAGAAUAGGAUGCUGUGUGCUGCUGAAGUAGACGGAGAGAAUCUGUAACUAAAUACGCCCUUUACAACAGACCACAGAAUUUCUAUUAGCUAAGAACUCCCUAAGUCUUCUAAAAAAGUAUGUAUGUUAUGGUUCAAGACCAAGAAGUGGAUGGCUGGAAAAAAUAAUGGUGUAGAAUUUAUGAACUAAUGUUCUGUUUAUUAUUCUGUUAAAGCAAAAAUUUAUUAAUUUUCUGUAAGUAAUUAAGACCCUAUAAUACAAUUAUUGAUAUAAAUAAACUUAAUCAUUGGCUUAGCUUUAGUUCCUUCUAUUAAUUACAUGAAUAGAAUUAAAAUAUAAUUACUAUAAAGUUAAUUUCCUGGUCUUGAGAAUUAUACUAUGGUUAAGUAUGUACUUAUUAACAUUAGGGAAAGCUGGGAGAAGGGUAUAUGUGAAUUCUGUAUGAUUUUUGUAAUUUCUCUGUAAGUCUAAAAAGUUUAACAGUAUUUUAAGAUCAUCCUCAUAAUAAUUUGCUCAAUCAAAAGAUUUAUGGAAAGCAGUGGAGUUUGCUUAAAAUAUAAGUUAACUACCCUUGACUAAACCUUGUAAAUAUAAACCUAAUGCAUACAUUUAAAAAACUUUUGCCCCUCUGGUCAUUGUUAACCUCUCUUAUCUUUGACCUAAUUUGCUCAAAUGUAUCUUUUUACUCAAUAUAACAUAUAGCUAUCAGUAUUCAUUAUGUAGUAGAUCCUAACAAAAUCAUAUCAUGUAUUAAAAUUUUCAUUAUAUAA